AGCAAGAGGAUGAAGAUGCCAUCGUUAACAGAAUAUCGCUGUUCUUGAGCACCUUCACUCUAGCAGUUUCAGCUGGUGCAGUCCUGCUUCUACCUUUCUCAAUAAUCAGCAAUGAGAUCCUGCUUUCUUUUCCACAGAACUACUAUAUUCAGUGGUUAAAUGGCUCGCUAAUUCAUGGUUUAUGGAAUCUUGCUUCUCUUUUUUCAAAUUUAUGUUUGUUUGUAUUGAUGCCCUUUGCCUUUUUCUUCCUGGAAUCGGAAGGAUUUGCUGGCUUAAAAAAGGGCAUCAGAGCACGCAUUUUGGAGACCCUUGUAAUGCUUAUUCUACUUGCACUGCUUAUCCUUGGAAUCGUAUGGGUGGCUUCAGCACUCAUAGACAAUGAUGCUGCCAGUAUGGAGUCUUUGUAUGACCUCUGGGAAUUCUACCUCCCAUAUUUAUAUUCCUGUAUAUCACUGAUGGGAUGCUUGUUACUUCUGU